UCAUUGCCGGAAGAAUUAGUAAGGUGCCUCAGAACCAACACUUUUGCAGAGACAAAGUGGGGAACGGAUCUUUUUCUUUUUGUGGUCAAUUUUAAUAACCUAUUUUAUGAUGGUUAUGGCCGAGAAAAAUCUUGUUGAUAUUAGGAAUGGAAGACGAUCUCGAUGUUCUAGUCCUAACGAAUCAGACGAAAGCAGCGAUGAUUCCGAUCAUGAGGGAGGUGGAAUGCGUGUAGGGAAUGACUAUCAGGCUAAAGUUCCAGAGUACAAACCAGAGAUUAAGCCAGAUCCUAGGAAUGAUGCCAUCCUUGUAUGGGCUCCAGCAAUAGAUCUCUCAGAUGGAAAAGUUGAUGAGUAUGUCAACAUUGCAAAAGAGAAACAUGGGUAUAACACAGAGCAGGCACUUGGGAUGUUAUUUUGGCACAAGCACAACAUUGAGAAGGCUCUAGCAGAUUUACCCAAUUUUACCCCAUUCCCUGAUGAAUGGACAGUGGAGGAUAAAGUUUUAUUUGAACAAGCAUUUAGUUUCCAUGGAAAGAGUUUCCACAGAAUUAGGCAAAUGUUACCAGACAAAUCCAUAGCAAGUCUAGUCAAGUAUUACUACUCCUGGAAGAAAACUCGAUCUCGCACAAGUCUAAUGGACAAACAGGCCAAAAAGUUGAACAAGACAGGAGAGAGUGAUGAAGAGUCGGAUUCCAAUGGAAAACGCUCUGGUGAUGAUGAAGAAACUCCUAAAGAGAAUGGGAAAGAAGAAAAAGACACCUGUGGGAACUGUGGCAUUCGUACAACUCAACUUCAUAUAACCCCCAAAGGAUCCUUGUGUAACUCUUGUUAUCAGUAUUGGAGGAGAACAGGAGUGAUGCGAACAGCAGGUCCUAAACGACAUGACCACGGACAGCAUCGACAUAAUCCAAUGAAGCACAAGAGAAAGCCCCCCAGAGGCAUGUUCCUGAACUAUGAUGAUUUACAGGUCAUUGUUAAUGGUCCUCAAGGCCAAGCCGAGGCUCUGCUGAAAUCUUUAGAUCAGGAACUGGUUUCCCUUAAAAGACAGGUUCAGAAUAAUAAACAGAUGCUCAGUCUUCAGAAACACAAGAUGGCUGCUGGAAUUGAUGAUGUCAAACCACCAGAGACUAACCCAAGAAUCAAUGCUCGAUGGACAAAUGAAGAACUUCUUCUUGCUGUUCAAGGUGUACGUAAAUAUGGAAAAGAUUUUCAAGCAAUUGCAGAGGUAAUUGGAAACAAAACAGAGGCUCAUGUCCGUAGCUUCUUUGUUAAUUUUAGAAGACGCUACAAUUUGGAUGAAGUUCUUGCUGAAUACGAAGCAGAACAUGGAAAAACUGACUCCUCAGACAAGCUGGACACUGACGAAAAAGAGGAAGAAAAGAUGGAGGUAGAGUUAAAGGAAGAGGUCAAUGGAAUAGAGGACUCUACAACCAGUACUAAUUCACCGGCCUCCUCUACGGCCCCUCCUCCCCUUCUGAAACAACCUCAGACCCCAGGACUCAAGGUUCCUCAGAUUACUCAACAGUCAAGAUUGAAUCCUCCCCAGAGGACAAUUUUACAACAGCCUCCUCCUCUGAUACGACCCUCCUCCAGUGUCUCCAUCUCUAAAUCUGUCACCUCCUCAUCCUAACACAACCACUACAACCAGGGACAUAAUUACACCAAGACAUGGCCUUCUCGAAAAACCAUCUAGUCUCCAUUACUCAACAACACAAAUAUAUUUAUUGUAUACAGGAAAAUUUUCACCCAUUUUAUUUUAGCCCCUUUUGCCCUUAUCACAGAUGGGCAAAUUUAAAACAGGGCAAAUUCAAAGAACACAGUAUAAUUCCUUAAACAGAACUGUGACUGGGCGAAUUUAUAAGGGGCAACAAUGUUCGCAAGUGCACAAGGGCAAAAAUAACACGGGGUGAAAAUAACACUGUAUACAGUAUAUCAGAGUGUCUUAGCGUAUUUGAUAUGUGUAGUUAACUGACUUUAUAUGAUUUUAUUGUGCUUACAUCAGACUCAAUAUGAGAAGGAAAUCUGGUUAAUAUUGUUCGAUUUUGUUAAAUGCUGCAGGGAUCGAACAAAACACACACAUGAUAUACAUGUAUGAUAUGGAUAGAGUGUAUACUGUAUACAUCUUUCAUUUUGCUCAAUGUUUACAUUUCUAUACUUCUUGGUUUGAGUUCAUGAAUUUCUUCCCUUUCUUUGAUAUUUCAUUACACUCGUAAAUAAAAAUUUACCAUAUAAUUUUCACAUUUUAAAGGUAAAUGUUGCAGAUAUAAAGGCUGUAUACAGUAUAAGGAUAUUAAAAUUUGAUUCAGGUGUAUUGGGUGUAUUUCAUAAAUUAGUAGGUGAAUACGUGAAAGUUUUGGAUUUUUUUAAUAGAUAGUAGGUGAAUAUAUGUUUUUGUGAUUUUUCUUCGUACAUUCAUAGUGGGAACAGAAUUUGAAAAAUUAAGAACAAAUUUGAUUUAUUAAAUUCUGCUCCCAUUUAUAUUAAUUUAUUUUCUUAUUCUACUUACAUGCUUAAUCAUAACUUGUGCUGUUUGUUUUAAAAUGUAUCUUAGAUGUUUUAUUGCACAUGUAUAUUGUCAUGCUUUCCAUUCUGUGCCUCAUAUCAUCAGUGUUAUGAAGUAUCUCGUUAUAUAUACAUAUAAGAUGUUAAUUGUAGAUAAAUAAUUGUAGACUAAAAGUGUGUGGAAUGUCAGUUUUUUGUUUGGUAUAAUGUAAUACAUUGCACUUUUCUGUAGUCUGAAUCUUAAGUAUCAUGUUGAUCCAGAUCUCUACAACAGGGUGAUAUGUGUAAUACCAACAGUAAUGUAAUCCCAUUUGAUACUGCUGGUACAUAUUUAUAACUGAACUACUAUCAUUAAGUUUAUACAGGUUUUAAUGAUAAAUAUCAAGCAAUUCACACACUGAAAAACAUCAUAUGGACAUUUAUAUGCAAAUACAUGUAAUUUCAUUUGUAUCAAACUUUUAUCACUGAGAUUGAUGUUGCUCUGAAUAUGAAUGCUCAUGUCAUAUAAUAACAUUUCCUAAAAAAUCGAAAAUGAAAUGUCUACAGUUUGAGAA